UCUCCGCCUUCACCAAGCACCGGGCGCUAUUUGAGUGUGUGGAAUAAGCGCUACUGCCACAGCCUGGGACUUAAAGCACAGAGACGCGGCGAGUUCGCUGCAAGAGCGGCAGUUAAACAAAAACCACCAUCCUCCCAAAGCCCAAGCCACGGCUACCUACCAUGGGCUCCAAGCUCAGCCACGCUCUUUGGAUUAUCUGCUGCUGCAUUUCUGUACUCAGCACCAUUCUCACGCAUCUGACGCAGGCUGCGAGAGAAGUUAUUUUGCUGGAUUCCAAAGCGCAGCAGACGGAGUUGGAGUGGAUCUCUUUUCCUGCUGAUGGGUGGGAGGAGAUCAGUGGUGUCGACGAGAACUACAUUCCCAUCCGCACGUACCAGGUGUGCAGAGUAAUGGAACCAAAUCAGAACAAUUGGCUGCGGACUAACUGGAUUGCAAGAAGCAAUGCCCAGAGGAUAUUUGUGGAGAUGAAGUUUACCCUGAGGGAUUGUAACAGCAUUCCAGGAGUCUUGGGGACAUGCAAGGAGACAUUCAACCUGUAUUACUUAGAGAGCGACUCAGAUGCUGGCAGGAACAUCAAGGAGGUUCAGUACCUCAAAAUAGACACCAUUGCAGCAGAUGAAAGUUUUACCCAGGGAGAUCUUGGAGAGCGUGUGAUGAAGCUCAACACAGAAGUGCGGGAAAUCGGGCCCCUGUCGAGAAAGGGAUUCUACUUGGCUUUUCAGGACGUGGGAGCCUGCAUUGCCCUGGUGUCUGUACGUGUUUACUAUAAGAAGUGCUGGUCCAUUGUGGAAAACUUAGCAAUUUUCCCGGACACCGUGACGGGGUCUGAAUUCUCGUCCCUGGUGGAGGUGCAUGGCGCUUGUGUCAGCAAUGCCGAAGAGGAAGCAGAAAACUCUCCGAAGAUGCAUUGCAGUGCAGAGGGUGAGUGGCUGGUGCCCAUCGGUAAAUGCAUCUGCAAAGCAGGAUUUCAGCAGAAGGGGGAUGAUUGUGACGCUUGUGGGUGGGGAUUCUAUAAAUCAUCAUCACUGGACCAUCAGUGUGCCCGCUGCCCAGCGCACAGCCACACAGACCAGGAAGGCUCCUCGCGGUGCGAAUGUGAGGAUGGCUACAACAGAGCCCUUACCGAUCCUCCUUCUGUACCUUGUACAAGACCUCCUUCUGCACCACAAAAUCUUAUUUAUAACAUAAACCAGACCACAGUAAAUCUCGAGUGGGGCCCGCCAGCAGACACCGGAGGCCGAAAUGAUGUAACCUACAGGAUAAUGUGCAAACGCUGCAGCUGGGAACUGGGUGAGUGCAUGCCAUGUAGCGGCAGCAUCGGCUUCAUGCCUCAGCAGACUGGACUGGCAGACACGUACGUGACCAUCAUAGACCUACUGGCCCACGCCAACUACACAUUCGAGGUGGAAGCCGUGAAUGGUGUCUCAGACCUGAGCCGUACCCAGAGGUUGUUUGCGGCCGUCAGCAUUACCACUAGCCAAGCAGCUCCCUCACAGGUUAGUGGUGUAAUGAAGGAUAGAGUGCAGCAGAGGAUUGUCAAUCUCUCCUGGAAGGAACCGGAACAUCCCAAUGGAGUCAUCACAGAAUAUGAAAUCAAGUACUAUGAAAAGAAUCUAAAAGAUCGCACUUACUCCACAGUAAAAUCUACCUCAACAUCAACUACCAUUAAUAACCUGAAACCAGGUACAGCCUACAUCUUCCAGAUCCGAGCCUUUACUACAGCUGGCUAUGGAAACUACAGCCCCAGGAUAGAAGUCUUAACCCUAGAGGAGAGUACAGCUACUGCUGCUUCCACUGAGCAGAAUCCUGUCAUUAUCAUCGCUGUGGUCGCUGUGGCAGGGACCAUCAUUCUGGUCUUCAUGGUGUUUGGCUUCAUUAUUGGACGAAGGUAUGGAACUAAGGAACAUGCCGAGCCGGGUCACACACUUGAGGGCAUUCUGAGAUGUUUUCCUUACGUGAGGAGAGCAAUAGAAAUACACUGUGGCUACAGCAAAGCAGAACAAGAAGGGGAUGAGGAGCUCUAUUUCCACUUUAAAUUGCCAGGUUCAAGAACAUACAUCGAUCCGGAAACCUACGAGGAUCCUAACCGGGCAGUUCAUCAGUUUGCCAAGGAACUAGAUGCUUCCUGCAUUAAGAUCGAAAGAGUGAUUGGAGCAGGUGAGUUUGGAGAGGUGUGCAGUGGUCGGCUGAAGCUGCCUGGAAAAAGGGAUAUACCAGUUGCAAUUAAAACAUUGAAAGUAGGCUUCACCGAGAAACAGCGAAGGGACUUCCUCUGUGAGGCAAGCAUCAUGGGACAGUUUGAUCACCCCAAUGUCGUUCACUUGGAAGGAGUCGUUACCAGGGGUAAACCAAUUAUGAUUGUAAUCGAAUACAUGGAGAAUGGAUCGCUGGAUGCAUUUCUCCGGAAACAUGACGGGCAGUUCACAGUGAUUCAGCUAGUUGGAAUGCUGCGUGGGAUAGCAGCUGGGAUGAGGUAUCUCGCCGACAUGGGCUACGUGCACAGAGAUCUGGCAGCUCGCAACAUUCUGGUCAAUAGCAAUCUUGUCUGCAAAGUUUCUGACUUUGGCCUCUCAAGGAUUGUGGAAGAUGACCCAGAGGCUGUCUACACUACCACAGGUGGUAAAAUUCCAGUCCGGUGGACAGCUCCCGAGGCCAUACAGUACCGCAAGUUUACGUCAGCCAGUGACGUGUGGAGUUAUGGAAUAGUAAUGUGGGAGGUCAUGUCCUACGGAGAGCGGCCUUAUUGGGAUAUGUCUAAUCAGGAUGUUAUAAAAGCUAUUGAAGAGGGUUAUCGUCUCCCUGCUCCCAUGGACUGUCCACCUGGCCUUCACCAACUGAUGCUCGACUGUUGGCAGCAGGAACGCAACGAGAGACCCAAGUUUGAUCAGAUAGUUGGGAUCCUAGACAAAAUGAUUCGUAAUCCAAACAGUCUGAAGGUUCCUGUGGGUACUUGCAGUAGACCAAUCAAUCCACUUCUAGAUCAAAAUACGUUGGACUUCACCUCCUUUCGUUGUGUAGGCGAUUGGCUCGAGGCCAUCAAGAUGGAACGGUACAAGGACAACUUGACAGCCGCAGGGUACAGCACACUGGAAUCAGUGGCGAGGAUGACCAUUGAGGAUGUGAUGAGCUUGGGAAUUACAUUAGUUGGGCAUCAGAAGAAAAUCAUGAGCAGCAUUCAGACUAUGAGAGCCCAGAUGCUGCACUUGCAUGGUACGGGGAUUCAAGUGUAACAGACCUUUUCUCCCUUCGAGCAAAAGGGAACAGACUUUGGGGGAAAACAAAAAGACACCAUCUGCUGCUAGUACUGUCAGUACCAACAUUCUUCUAAAUUACUUCCUGUGAUGGAUCAGAGAUUCAGGGGAAGGUGUGCAACAAUGUUCCUCCAAGCCACUGAAAAAACAAAGAGGUCCUUUUACAGCACAGAUUGAGAGUGAUUGGAACGUGCACAUUAUGAAGAAAUUACUACCUGCAAUGUUUAGAACUUUACAAAGAGAAAAAAAAAACACAAAAAAAAACCGCAACUUCGGAUUCUAACCUUUUUUGUCUACUGGGCUUUUUAAAGGUGUACAUAUCAGUUUAUGUAGACUAUAUUUGUCAAAGACACUCGCCAUGUUAUGGUUAAUCAAUUAAAUCAUUUUCAAGACUUGUGCUUGCUGAAUGGGGUUCGUUCAGCCAUCUUGUUCUUCUUACCUGCAAUAUCGGAAGGCUUUCACUGCAACCCCAGUUCUUAAGUAUUCAUCCAUGAAUCUCUAUCUACCCCUUUCUGAUACCUAUGUGAUGAUAUUGAAACUGAUGUGCCACUUGUAGGCAAUAGCCAUUGUAGUUUAAAUCUAAAAAGCUUUCACUUAUUGGAAGUUGGCGCUCUCAAUAAUUUCCAUCCAUUGUUACCGACAGGAGGAUCAUUUACAGAGACUUUAAAAAAUAAUUUUCCAGUUGCAAAAGCUUCCAUUUUACUUUAAGAUUGUAUGCCGAAAAAUCUAAACAGAAAGGGAAUUAUUUUGAAGAGAGUUAAGGUUCCUUGAAACAGAUCCUUAUUUUUUAUGUAGGCUUUUCAGACCUCAUAAAAUAGCAUGGCACCUUAGUUAAUAUAGUGAUGAGAGAAAGAUUAAAAACAAUAAAAUUAGGAGAAAGAAAAAAUAUUGCAAUCAACGGUCAACUGAAUGGUUAAAAAAUGUUUGGGUUUAGACCAAACUAAAAUAUGAAGUAUGAUGUGGAAUAUGGCAGUGGAAAGGAAUGGGAAAAUGUAUAUCAUAUUAGGUAUAUGUUUGCAAAUGAGCUGUGGUGAUCACAGAAUAUGGCAUAAAUAUGAGCCUGUCCAUAGGUUCAAGGCUCAUAUUUGUAGAUACACUAAUGUAUCUAGAUAUGAUGGAAAACAUCAAACCGACCGAACUCUGAUCUAAGUCCUUUCUCAGUGGAAAAGUGUUUAAACCCAGAAUGUUAUUGUCACAACCCAACUCAUUCCUCCAGUCAAUUGGAUUUUUCCAACCUGCAUUUCUACUCGACUGUAGCAUAAUUGAUGGUUACCUGGUCCGCAAAGACCCACAGAAGAUUCCAAAGAGUGGAGCUUUUUACUUUCAUGAGAGACCCCACAUAUCAGAUCAGAACUCCAUUCUCAUGUCCUGAACACGAGGGAUGCAAAUACUUCUAUGUAAAAGUUGUAAUUUAUUUGUACUGUCAUUUUUUUAUGCAAGUUUGUCUGUAGUGAGCUCAGUACACACUGAAAAUGCACUAUAUUUUUCUAUUUCACUGACAGAGAAUCACAGACAACUCAUUUAUUUUCAGUUGUACAUAAUAUUAACUAAUUAAUAAAAAUCACAUUUAGGACCAAAGAAGGUUGUAGUUUAGCGAACAUCUAAACAAAAUAUCUAAAGAGAUGUCAUUUUUUCCAAUUUUCUUUUUUCCCCAGAUCAUGUAUAGUGUUUUUAUAAUUGCUUUCAUUAUUUUGUGUUUAUAUAGUCUAUUAUUUAUUUCUGUUUGGUUUAGAGACAGUGGCCCUGAAACAGCACAGGGUCUACCAGUGUCUUGCAAGAACUCCAACAGGAGGCCAGUAGGAUUUCCAGGAAAGUGACAGAGUUAGAUGAUCAUUAUUACUGUUUGCUUUGGGUUAUACACCAGUAUCCUGCUGGAGUUACAGUAGGAUUGGUAGAACUCCUUCAAGACAUCAAGAGACCAGUAUAAUUCCAAAUGGUUUCUUUCCUCACAAGAAUACAGUGAAUUCUGUUGAGUUGGAAUCUAUAUAAAUAUUUCAUUAGAAGUUUUGUGAUUAAUCUGAUGGUCUUAUUUUUCAAUUGUUUGUAAAAGACUGUAAAUAUAUUUUUUUGAAAACUACCACCAUGAUUUCCAGUGGGUUUAUUUCAAUUGAUACAAAUCGACUUUGAAACUGUUUUGACUUUGUAAAGUUAUUUUAACUUUUAAAGAGAUACAAUGUGGAAACGGCCCCUUCAGCCCACCAUGUCCGCACCGAUCAAUGAUCACACAUACACUAGUUCCAUGUUAUCCCAAUUUUGCAUCCUACACACCAGGAGCAAUUUAUGGAGGCCAAUUAACUUACGAACCUAGGAGGAAACCGGAGCAUCCGAAGAACACCCACACGGUCAUGGGGAGAACAUACAGACUCUGCAGAGACAGCUCUUGUAGUUAGGAUCGAACCUGGGUCACUGGCACUGUACAGCAGCAACUUUGCCACUGUGCUGCCCUAUUGUACAGUCACCAUUGUAUAAAUUAUCUGGGCCAAAAAGAUAACUAAGGCUUACACUUAUAAAUUACCUUUCAUUAAGCUUGCUACAUAACAACACUCUACUGUAACAACAUAGCUACUGAAGCACUUGUGUGAUGUACAUUCCCAGCUGCAGUGUGGGAAAAGGGGUCAAUCACUUGUACACAAAAGGUUUUCAUAAACAGCUGCGUGAUUAGUGGGCUGAUAAUCUUUAAAACAUGUUGAUUGGCAGAUAAAAUUAACCCGGACACUUAGAAAAAAAUGUCUGCCAUCAUAGACCAGAGGGAGCAAAUUAAUCCUUCCUUUAUAGGUUCAUAUGCCCUAAAUAUUUUUUACCAUCUUAAGAUCAUAAGUAAUAGGAGCAGAAUUAGGCCAUUUUGCCCAUCAAGUCUACUCCGCCAUCCAAUCAUGGCUGAUCUAUCUUUCCUUCUCAACCCCAUUCUCCUGCUUUCUCCCCACAACCUUUGACACCCGUUCUAAUCAAGAAUAUCUCUGGUUUAAAACUAUCCACUGACUUGGCCUCCACAGCCCUCUGUAACAAUGAGUUCCACAGAUUAACUACCCUCUGACUAAAUAAAUUCCUCAUCAUCUUCCUAAAGGUAUGUCUUUAAUUCUGAGGUUAUGGUCUCUGGCCCCAGACUCUCCCACUAGUGGAAACAUCCUCUCCACAUCCAUGGUAUCCAGGCCUUUCACUAUUCGGUAAGUUUCAAUGAUCAUCCACCAUCAUCCUUCUCCGAGUAGAGGCCCUGUGCCAUCAAAUAUUCAUCAUAUGUUAACCAGAAUAUAAUCAGAACGGUGUCAUGGGUUACGGGGAGAAGGCAGAAGAAUUGGUUUAGGAGGGAGAGAUAGACCAGCCAUGAUUGAAUGGCGGAGUAGAUUUGAUGGUCCAAUUGGCCUAAUUCUACUAUCGAAUGAUUUUAACCCACUCAUUCCUGGGAUCAUUAUCACCUCAUUGAACAGAUGUCCUGGCACCAGCAAGAGGAGAGCACUCUCACAGGACCGCAUGGUGAGCCAGUGUUACUGUGGGACUUGAAUUCACAAAGUGGAGACAGAGGAGCAGGCUUUGGUUUUAUGCUUGCAAAUAGAAUGAACUUGCACAGGAUUUUGCUUGUGUUGAAAAAAAAAAAUCCCACAAGCUGGUGGUAUUGAAUCCGCGUAUAAAAUGCAGGUGAGCCAGUUUGCGGCUUAGAUUGUCACAGUUAACAAUAUACUUCAAUCUAACACAAGGCAGGUCAUUCAUCUCAUGCCAAGAAGAUUAUGCAUGACGAGCACCGAUGUGAAGCAGAUUAUCAUCUUGUGCUUGAUGGAUAACAAAAGAUUCACAGCCUUUGUGGGAAUUUCUGUUCAUACACAUCAUAUUAUCUGAUACCCACAGUCAGAAUUACCAACUAAAGGUCUGAUGUUAGGACGGCUAAACGAGGCUCUGAAGGGUAAACAUUUAUAUGCAGGACUGGAAGAUUUUACCAUAGCGUGAAGGAAAAUGGUGGCAAUAGCAAGGAAUUUGGCUUUUACAAAAAGAGUAGGAUAAGAGCUUUAUAUUCCUCCUUUUUAGGGGCAAUAGAUUACAUUGAACAGAAUGAAAUUCAGUUGAACCAGCAGAUUUUAGUCAUGUGGAAAUAGCACAAAAGGUUUGUUAUAACUACUGAAAUAUAAUAUAAAAAUUCCAUCGAGGCACAAAAAUAUAAGAGAAUAAUACGAAGGAUUUCAAGGGCAAAACAAUGUGCUUCACUUACGAUAAAUGACUGUGGUAUAUUUCAUUAUGAUAUUGAUUGUCCUUAUGCAAGCAAAUAGCAGCAUUCAUACAGAAACAGAGGGGGAAAAAACUCUGAAACCGGACACAUUUGUUUCCUGAACGUACAAAUUAAUUUCAAUUUGGAUCCAGCACAUGUUUUAUUUAUUGAGUUUUAAUGAGAUUAUAGUUUUGUAACUCUUGCUACAUUCCCCACUACUCAAUAACAAAAUAAUCAGUCCCAUAGGCCACUGCCUGUCAGAAAAUGAUGGCUUUAUUCUAGAAAAUAUUCUGCAAGAUUCAACUUGUGUGGGUGGAGUUUGGCGCAGAAGCAAGCAGCAGGCGCCCCAUUAGGAAUGCAGUUUGUUCCAUUACUCCAAGGCUGCGGCACAUAAGGGGACUCGUAUGAGAAUAUACGUGACAUGAUUACAUGUCUAAAAAGUAAUGCUGACAGGCAAAUAA